GAAGCAGUUGUUUCUUAGAACUGGACUCAGUGUGAAUGAGAUGAUGUGGAGCUGUGAGCUGUAUAUAAACCCAGCAGGUCAGACCAGUCCUGCACACUUCAGACCAUCAUCAUCCAUCCAUCAGAAACCAUGAAGACUCUGGUGAUUCUCGGGCUCUUGACCUUCAUCUGCCUCCUGGGUGGCAGCUCUGCCGCUCCACCCGGUCUGCAGCUGAUGUUCAGGGAAGGAUGCUGCAACACAUUCAAACGCAUACCAGUUCCUCGGGACAGGGUGAAGCACGUGGCCACAUCACCGAGCGACUGCAGACACAAAGCAAUCAUAAUCACGGCUGUUAGCGGCAGGAAGUUCUGCACUGAUCCCACCUGGAGCUGGGCCACGAAACUACUGGAAGACUUCCAGAAACCUUCACACCCCUCAAACACUGAAGUCCCAGAGCUUCACAGAAACCAGACCAGAAACCUUCCAUAGAAAAGAUGUUGUAUUGACUUUAAUGAGAACGAAUGAUGGAAAUGUUUCUUCUUCUUGCCUCAGUGUGUUGGUGAGAAACAUGUUGCUGUAAUAUUUCAGACAACCAUCAUUCCUCUUUGUCCUCGUGUGCUGUACAGUUCCCACUUUCUGAAUAAAAACUCUAUUUUUCUACUUCUUGUUUUGGACUAUAUUUAUGUUGACAAUAAAGUUCUGAUAUUUAAAAAUG